AUGGCGUACCGUUCCGAGCCGUGCGAUACCUACUUCGUAGAAUCGGACGACCCGUAUCCACAACGUGCAACUCUCGAUUACAUCAAAGUGAUGGGUCGUCGGAGGCAAGAGGCUAUGGCGAACGAGCUCUCGAGACAGGCGUCCGACACCUAUAUGGACGACAUCGUCAAGCAUAUGCACCAGAUGGAGGGCGAGACACUUCCAGACGUUGCGUCUAUUGAUAUCCAGCAGGAGAUUCAGUGGUUUAUGCGGCCAUAUCUCAUCGACUUCCUCAUUGAAGCUCAUGCUGCGUUUCAGCUUCUUCCCGAGACACUAUUCCUCGCCGUCAAUCUCCUAGAUAGAUACUGCUCAAGACGAGUUGUCUACAAGCGACACUAUCAAUUGGUCGGAUGUGCGGCACUGCUCAUCGCUGCCAAGUAUGGCGACAAGAAAGAACGGGUGCCAAUGAUCAGGGAGCUAAAAUCAAUGUGUUGCUCUCUCUACGACGAGGAGAUGUUCACUCAAAUGGAAUGGCACGUCUUGAAUACCUUGGACUGGGUAGUUGGCCACCCCACCGUUGACACCUGGUUGCAACUGGCAUUGAAGGACGGACCAGCAUACGAAGACGUUGAGGUCGAGCACAUGGCGUUGUAUCUCUCAGAGAUCGCUUUGUACCACAAGGAGUUCAUCUCAAGGAAGCCUUCGGUCCUGGCCCGCGCUUCUUUGGCUCUCGCUCGGGGUAUCCUUCGUCGGCCUGAGGAUACCAUGGAGCAUCAUGACCACGAGGUCAAUCGGGUCAUCCUUGAUCUCUCUCAGAAGCUCGACUGUCCAUCUCAAGUUCUAUUCCGCAAACACGUCUCACCCCAUACCUCACGUGUUUCAACCACCGUUGAGCACUUCCUACGGGAACAAGAGGCCAUGAACAGAAGAGCCAACCCACCAACCCCCCCUACGGAGACACUUGCCCUUCCGAAGCCUGUCCCAAGCCAAGAUCUGUAUCCAGGUACCCCCCAAAAGCCGUAUGGCAACAUGGUCCAUGGUUAUAUGACGCCUCCGAUCACCCCAGAAGGUGAAUACUUCGUGGGUGGGAAUGGUAAUGAGAUGAAGGGAUACCAUCAAGCACCACGAUGCCCCGUCACUCCAACUCCGCAAGUGAACAACCAAUAUCUCCACCAGAAUUACCAACCGUACCACAAUGAAAUGGACAUGCACUGA